AAGUGUUUGCGCAUGAGUACAAGACACUCGACCCCGCUGUUAGGCUGUAGUGGAGAUCACAUAAACCCAUAUACCGACGAAAUGGCGAAAGUACCGGGAAAAAGAAAGGUUUUGAUUGCUGUAGAUCACAGUGUACACAGCGAAAUGGCGUUUGACUAUUAUGUAAGAGAGCACUAUAAGGAAGGAGAUGAGAUUGUUAUUUGUCAUGUAUCCGAACUCCAUCCUCCUGCUCUUCCCCAUGCAUUAGCAACUGAAGAAUGGAAACAUGUUGUAGAGGAGCAUGAGGAGAAAAUCAAAAGACUCCAAGAAAAAUACAAGAAGAGAUGUAAAGAGUGUAAGCUUGGAGGAAAGAUCCUUCUAGAGGGUGCCGGUACUUCUGGAGUCGGCCACCAUAUUGUACUUGCAGCCAAAAAGGAGAAUGCAGAUCUGAUCGUCACUGCAACACGUGGUAUGGGCGUGAUACGGCGUACCAUAUUAGGAAGUGUUAGUGACUACAUUCUUCAUCACGCCACUGUGCCAAUCAUCGUGGUCCCCGCUAAGGGAGCCAGUCCUAGACCCAGUCCCCAGCCGAGCCCAGUCCCCCAGCGCAAGGAGUAACAACUUAUUUAUAUCACUGAUAACGUAGUAUAUCGUAGUAUAAUAACCAUCAAUUGUUAUUGCUGUAAGCGCUACUUUGUAAAUGUUUUUAAUUAUUUUCAACGUACCUAUAGCGUCCAAGUACACGGACGAAUUAUGUAUCUAUAAUCGCGAAUCAAUGCUUUGUAUUGUCUAUCGUUGAUAAAUAAAUAAACCUUGAACAUUUGUGUUUUAA